AUGCAACCGUCCAACGAGCCCUUCAUACUCAAGCUACCUCACCCAUACCUCACCACCUAUACUGCAACGAAUGUUGCUGCAAAGGACGAGCCCGUGAGAUAUCAGAUACAACAAGCAGCAAUUCAGAACAAAGACACUGGGAUUCCUCCACCAACACCACUGCACGAUGAUACGAUCCAGUUCACGAAAAUAGCUUUGUUGGCUGAAGAUUCCACUCCCCCAGCUGGAGACAACAGCUCUUGGGCUCGAGCACGACGCACACCACACUCGACAAUCUCGUGGACGGGUGAGAGACCCUCUGCUGCGCAGGUGUGGCUCAUCACAUACUUCAUCAUAUCCUUGCAUCCUUUGGUGGAAAGCUUCCGAAUCAUCUUCGAUGGAGAUGAUGCAUCUGCACUCGCCACAGAGUUAUAUGGAACAGGGUUAUUCAUUCCUCACCCCAGAUCUCUUGACCCCUCUGCCGCCAGUGAUGGUCACCUUCUCCUCAGAGGCACCUUCUGGCAAGGUGCAGGUUCCCCAUUCGGACCUCGACCCGCAUGGACUCCAAUGCUCGAUGCCAACAACAAGCCAAUCACUGCCCAGUACCCAUUGUUCCCCUUCCAGACAGCACCAACAACGCAAUCCUCGGUCACGAGCCGACACACUAGCCAUCCUGUGCGUCCAGCUAAACCGGCUGCUGGGUCUAUCAUCUACAGUCGUUGGAUCCCGCACCUUGGGGAACACCUUACGUUCAUCGCAGUGAACUACAGGGACCCCGAACAUCUUAACCUAUUUCACACCUGGCAGAAUGAUCCACGUGUAGCUGCCGGCUGGAACGAGACAGGAACGCUCGAAGAACAUCAGGAGUACCUACGCAAGCUGCACGAAGACCCCCACGUGUUUGCUGUAUUUGCAGCCUUCGAAGGGAAACUGUUCGGCUAUCACGAACUUUAUUGGGUCUUGGAAAGCCCUGUAGGUGCACAUUACCAAGCUGGUCUCUAUGAUCGAGGGCGCAGUAGUAUGGUUGGCGACAGCUCGUUCAGAGGCCCAGCCCGCGCCUCUGCUUGGUGGUCUGCUAUUGUUCAUUACUUUUUCCUUGACGAUCCUCGUACGGAUGCUAUUGUUGGUGAGUCUAGGGCCGCGGCAAGCAGCGCCUCCUCCUUCGCGUAUGACUUUGCGCACGGUUUCCAUGUUGUGAAGUUCUUGGAUUUCCCGAAUAAGCGGUCGGCACUUAAAAUGGUAAACCGAGAAAAGUUUUUCACACUGUCUCCUCUAGUAUGGGAUGGAGAGAAGGCAGUUAGACCGAGCCUCGAUGCACUUUCCAAGCUAUGA